AUGAAGAGGAUGAUGCGCUGGAUGGUGGAUGGCGAGCAUUAUCCGCUUCAUUGGGACAAGAGGGACGGCUUGGCGAGCAGGAAAGACCUCGCGGAGGAGCCGGAGACCCUCGACACAACCAAAUCGACCGGCCCUUUCGAGCCAGAGACGAGAGCAUACGUCGAUGCAGCCGCUAGCGACGAAGGGAACGGCGAGACAAAGCGUCGCAUUCCCCUACUCUCCCCCUUGGCGAAGAAUGUUGCGAAAUGCGUCCUCUCCUACUUCCUCGCCGAGCUCUUCACCUUCGUUCCCUUUCUCUCCGACGCUCUCGGCUCUCCAUUCGACGUCGACGGACCCAUCAAGAAUGCGCAUGUCGUCGCAACCGUCGCAGUCUACUUCAUGCCGUCGAGGACGAUCGGCGGAAUGGUGGAAGCCGACCUGUUCCUCUCCCUCGCCGCCCUCUUCGCCAUCUUCCUCUCGUGCGGUUCGAUGGCGAUGACCGUCUUUCUCGACGCCUACGACUUGCUCACACUUGGACACGCCCUGGUCCUUGUUCUUUGGAUCGGUUGCGGGUACGGCUGCCUUGCGUAUGCCAAAGUCGUUUGGGCCAAACCGACCGUCUCGACCGCUUGUUCGUUGGUCUCCCUCGUUUGCUCGCCCAUCAUCACGAAGGAAGGCGCUUUUCUCGGCGAAUUUCGGACAGAGGCGAUCAAGCGCAUCCUCCUGAUCGCGCUCGUCGGAUCCGUCAUCUCGAACCUGGUGUGCUUCCUCGUUUGGCCUCAGAGCGCCACAACGCAGUUCCAGACCGACCUCGACCGCACGCUCGACUCGUUCUCCACCCUCCUCGAAAUGCUCGCACGAACAUUUCUUCUCGACCCCGACUCGUCGACCACGUCUACCGAGCUCAAACGUGCCAUCGAUACGCACAAGUCGACCUUCACCACCCUGCGCACCUCGCUUUCUCAGGCGAAGUACGAGGUGUUUGAUCGUCGCAUUUCUGGAAGGACGACAAUCUACGACAGCGUUGUGGCGAAGAUGCAACACCUCGCGCAAGGCUUGACCGGCAUGCGAGCUGGAUGUUCGCUCCAGUCCGACGUCCUGCGAGCGCGCGAGGGAGGCGUCGGCACCGCGGACGGAGAGGACGGUCUUCUGGACGAGGUCACUGUCCUCGAGCGCUUCAAGGAGCGAGUUGAACCGUCCCUUCGCCAGGUCGUCGCGAGCAGCAAGCGUGUUCUCCAUGCUCUGAAGGCGAGCGCGCCGGCGACUACCACGGCAGAUGAUCUCGAAGCGCCCACCUCCGCGUCCGAGGAUCUCUUUCGACUGCAGCAGCAGCUCGAGCAUGACCUCACUCUCUUCCGGCGCGAGCACUCGAAGGCGGUCAAGAUCCUCUAUCGAUCCCUUCCAGAGAAGACCCUCUUCGGCGGCGACCUGGAGUUGUCCUUGGCGCAGCGCGAGACGAGGGGCGCGCCGAACGAGAACCUCUUCCGCAUCUACCACUUCUGCUUCAAUCUCGAAGAAUGGGCCGGCGAGCUGCUUGCGCUCGUCAGUAUCUUCAUUCGCCUUCGCGCCACCGAUGAGGCGAUGCGUCGAGAACUACACCAGGCGCGAGCAAAGUGGGGACGCAUCGCGAACGUUGCGUCUCUCCUCGCCCACAUUUCGACAGAUCGCCAGCUCGACUCGACACUCACGCAGAAAGCGGAACAGCUGGGCCGACAGCUCUCUCGCGCGCUGCAGACGCCGCGUCGGAAACACCGCUCCGUCUUCCCCGAGAUCAUCGAUGGCGCUCUCUCGUCGCAUCAGGUCGAUGCAGCGGAACUCUCGCUACUCGGUCGGGUCAAGCUGUCGAUGUGGCACCUGGCGUACCACCUUCGGCAGCCGAACCUUCGCUUCGCCAUCAAGACCGGCGCCGGCGCCGCUAUCCUGUCAGCUCCCGCCUUCGUCCCGUCCCUCCGCCCUCUCUGGCUCACCUGGCGCGGCGAGUGGAGUCUAAUCUCGUACAUGGUCAUUGCGGCGCCGAGUCUCGGACAGACCAACUUCCUCGCCUUCGGACGCAUCGCUGGAACCGCCUUCGGAGCCGCCGUCGCCCUCGCCUUCUGGACUGCUUUCCCAGAGAAUGCCAUUGUACUGCCGAUCCUCGGAGCCCUCUUCUCUGCGCCCUGCUUUUACAUUGCAGUCAGCCGACCGCAUCUCGCCGCGACCUCCCGCUUCGUCCUCCUCACCUUCAACCUUACCUGCCUCUACGCCUUCAACCUUCGCGAGAUCGACGUGCCCAUCGGCUCGAUCGCCUUCCAUCGCUCCGCCGCCGUGAUCUUCGGCGUCGCCUGGGGCCUGAUCGUCAACUCGUAUGUCUGGCCUUUUGAGGCACGCCGGGAGUUGCGCAAAGGACUCUCUGAGUUCUUCGUCAACAUCUCUCACUUCUACGAGCGCAUCGUUCGCACGUACUCAUCGGCAGGCGUGCUCGCAGAUGAUGCAGUAUCUCUCGGCGGCGAGACGUCACCUCUGCUGCGAAGCGAAGCGGAAGACCUGUUCUCAACGAUGGAGCUCGAACUUCAAUUGACGCUCAUUCGCGUUUCUGGCCUUCUCUCCGCGACACGCCACGAGCCGCGGAUCAAAGGACCUUUCCCAGUCGCUCCGUACCGCGACGUUCUCGCCGCAUGUCAGUCGAUGCUCGAUUCGCUCACUGCAAUCGUACGCAUGACGCGCCGGGACGCCUGGCUCAAGGUUGUGAGGAGGGACUUUGUCUUGCCUGUCAACGAGCAGCGAAGGGAGAUGGUCGGCAACGUUAUUCUUUACCUCGCGCUCCUCUCCAGCGCUGUGUCCGCCAAGACGCCUCUACCGCCAUUCCUCCCUCCGGCAGAACAGGCUCGCGAGAGGCUCGUUGCCAAGCUGCGGGACCUCGAAGUCGUCAAGCGCCGCCUCGUGCGGGGUGGCAGCGAGUCACUCCUAUACUAUGCAUACACGACGUCGAUGCAGGACGUAAUUGCGCCGCUCGACUUGCUCGGCGCCAUCUUCCAGCGGUUGUUCGGCAUCAUCGGUGGGCCUGCAAUCCUCUCCACCGCGAUCACCGCUGACGACGAGUUUCUGCAGGCGGGACAACCCUUCGUCUCAGCACCACGAGGACGACAGCGACAGUACGUCGUCACAUCACCUUCGAUAGACCGUGUCCAGCUUUAG